GCAGACGCUGGCCAUACUUGAUCGUCGCGAUGAGUGCGUUGUUUCGAGAAACCCGUCCAUAGUGUUUACAAUUCUCUUCAGAAAUCUAAUCAGUGUUAUGAUAUCAAGUUGCCACGAAUAUCUAUGAAAUCAUAAUAGUAAUCGUUCGAAUUUUCUAAUCGAUUCGUUCAAGAUUGUUGUGUCGUACGCGAGAAUACGGUUCAUGUAAAUAUACUUUGUAUCGUGUCUUUCUUGCGUUACUUCAAACUGUCCCCUUCUUACGAAAAUGGCGAAUUAUACGGAUCGCCAGUAUUCGUACGAAAAUUCAGUACAUCUUCGUACAGAUGACGAGAAGUGAACGUUUCAACGAUUCUGAUGUAGAAAAACUUUAUUAGGCCAAAUAACAAAACAAUUUAGGAUCGUCAAAGAUGGAUGCAACAAUCGAGAGAGAGUGCAGUGCUUUGGGUGGUCUCUUUCAACAGAUUAUAACUGAUAUGAAGAAUGGAGCACCAUUGUGGGAGGAUUUAAUUUCAAAAGCAACAAAAUUACACUCAUGCUUAAGGGCUGCUAUUUUGGCUAUUUCUGCAUACCUUGAAACCUUUCAAAAGAUUGCUGAUGCUGCAACUAGUGCAAGAGGUGCAACAAAAGAAAUUGGAACUGCUUUGACUCGGAUAUGUCUCAGACAUAAAGCAGUAGAAACCCGUAUGAAAUCUUUUACCAGUGCUAUUAUGCAUUGUUUGGUGUUGCCUCUUCAAGAGAAAUUAGAAGAUUGGAAAAAGUCUUUAAUAAAUUUAGAUAAGGAACAUGCCAAAGAAUAUAAAAAGGUAAGAGCAGAAUUGAAAAAACGAUCUACGGAUACGCUACGAUUGCAAAAGAAAAAGGCGCGUAAGGGUCAACACUUACACGGACAAGGACAGUUGCAAGGUCAUGGAAUUGGAGAUAUCGAAUUAAAUAGAAUGUUAGAAUCUUCUGCUACUGUUAUUCAAGAAAAACGCCUAAGUUUAGAAGAAACAGAGAGAAGAGCUGUUCGUGCAGCCUUGUUAGAAGAGAGAGGCAGAUUUUGUCUCCUUGCUAGGUUCUUGAAACCCGUGCUUGAUGAAGAAAUUGCAAUGUUGAUGGAACUGACACACCUUCAAGAAGUCUCUGAUCAAUUACAACGACACACCGCAUCUCCGCAUCAUUUACCACCCGCAUCAGAACAAGUGAUAACGGAUAUAAAAGGCUGCGACGUUACACAAUGGUCACAUGCUACGCCUCCCUCGAGUCCUUCUUUAUCUCUUGGAUCGAGAAAAAGCUCGAUGUGUUCGAUCAGUUCAUUGACCAGCAGCAGUAGCGGUUCUUGCAAAAGCCAUCCAAGCUCUUCUGGACAUCCUUGGCAUAGAUCACUCUCUCAGUCUGUCGGUGUCAGGCCCUCCAGCAUCAGUGGUAUGAUGACGCUGCGCCACUUGGCGAAUGGUAGCUCCCGUGACUCUGGCUUCACCUCUCAGGAUACACUGUAUACACAACCAAUUUCCGAACAUCAGGUAUCAAAUGUGUCUUCUCAAAUUAAUCAAAAUACUGGUUGUACAACAAGACCCGUAACUACUGCUACUUGGCCUGACUUACAGGAAACAUCAGUUCAGUUCGACAGGCAAAAUCAGAACACAAUCAACGAACGGCCCCAUACGAUAUCUUCUGCUUACGAGAAAGGCCAUCAGAGACCCGCUCUCAGCGUUUAUACAUUCCAAGCUCCAGACAAUGGCGGCUGUUGUCACAGUCAACCCGCUUCUCCAGUCUCUUCUUCCUCUUCAUGUUCUUCCUCGAAUCAACAAGCCAGAGUACAAUUGCGUAGGAAUAAUGGUAGUAAUCGUCCUCCGAUACCAAACAGAUGUUCCAGUUUAGAACGACCAACAGUUCCAGUGAAGAAUGAACCUCCCGGAAGUCCUCGAGGCAAACCGAAGUUACCGCUUCCGGCGCAUUUAGCAAAAGAAUUAGCAACUCAUCAACUUCAGCAACCAAUGUAUGUGAACAUGCACGAAUUAGCAAAUUUAGCCGCAACCCGCGCUCAGGAGAUGCAGUUGCCGCUACCUCCGCCGCCCGCCUCACUAACAGCGCCAGGGACUGAGAAGACUGAAGUUACGGAAAAAGAUGGCGGAAGUCAAACGUCCGAGUCUAGCGUGGAAUCCAGCAGUGGAUAUGGAAGUCAAACUACUAUACCACAUUCUCAUUCCCUUCAUAAUCAAAAUGAGAAUGCUUGGAACGUACCUGGUGCUGCGUCUACUUUAAUGGUUCGCAGAGGUUCGAUACAACAAGCAAGCAAACCUCUUCCGCCAACAAGACGCACGUCUACUGUUAUAACUGCCACAUUCAAUAAUCCGUCAUCAGGUUCUAACGACGAACGUACCGAUAGUGCUUGCGACGAAGCUGAAAAUCUUCCUCCGCCGCCAGCAUUUUUAUUAGAAGGUUCUUCGCCGACAGCCAGUCCUACUCCUCAACGAUCUGUCUCGGUGUCAGAAACAGUUAGGACCCUUACAGAAUUGCGCCAUACCCCUGCUAGCCCUUCUCUUUUACGGAAGGCUACCGGGCAGACACAAUCGCAUAACAGUACGUCCGGCGCGUUACAACAUAAUGCUAUGUUACAAGUUACUCGUACUUCCGUCGAACGUUCAUGCGCAGUAAUUCGUUCGACUUCCCAAGAGCGUGGUUCAACCACCAUGCAAAUGACUACGAUCAACUCAGGUGUAAAUAUUCAAGGGCAAGGUCCAGGAGGAGUAGGUCAGAGCUUUAUGGCAGUUCUCAGUGCUAAACUCAUUAACAGUACAACAGGUAGCAAUGCCAACAGUGGUCACAAUACGAGCAGUAGCCCAAAGUCUGCAAGAAAGCAUUCUGUUGAACAGCAGACGAAUAAAAAUUCUAAAGCGCCAUCCGGUUUUCUUGAAACUUUAAACGCUAAGCUGGCGCAACAGCAACAGAGCAUGCAAGGGAAUAAUACGACGAGCAAAUCGGCAAGCGUGAGACGUAUUAUGGGCAAUCGCGUCCCUAUCAUGGAUCCUUUGCAAGUCAGGGAUUCUCUCAUGGAUCAGAUACGAAGGGGAACCUCUUUGAGAAAAACCACUGGCCCCAUUAAUGACCGUUCAGCACCUAAAAUUUAUUGAGUACCGUAAUACUGAUGUUCACGUAAGUUCCUCUAUUAUCUCUGAUGUAUCUAAGUUGCAUUUACGAUUGUUACAACAAUUGCGACGUUCAUCGUCGGAUCACGAUGAACGUGUUUACAUUGGAAAAAUAAAACGGCACUUGUUACGCGGUGAUCGUACAUGUACCUUUAUGAACGUAUAUUCGAUAAUUGAAAUUACUAUACAUUGACUUAAUUGCACUUCAGUGCACUAGUGUCAAAGUAAAAGGGCAGAGUGAAUUGUUUUCUAUGAAUUUGUUGUUACUGUCAUUGGUUUCUUUAAAAAUUGUGUAGAAGAGGCAGGCUCUAUA